AUGAAUGCGAAAAAAGUUAAAGUAGGGACGGGGAAGAAGAUAGAUGAUGACCUGCUCAGUUCUUUGCCCGACGACAUGCUUCACCACAUCAUGUCCCUUCUUCCUGCCAGGUCUGCCGCCUCAACAUCAAUUUUGUCCCAAAGAUGGGAGAAGCUCUGGCUUUCAUUCCCUUCUAUCAACCUGGACGAAAUAAAUUUUGCAAGCAGACAAGAAUUCUGGGACUGCUUGAGAUCUACCUUGGCUAAUCGUGACUUGUCUGCUCUGCAGAAUCUUUGCCUGCGGAUAAUACUGCCCGGCACUGCUCGAUUCUAUCAGGAUUUUUGUAAGUUUUUGAACACAGUCUUGGUAAAAAGUAAAAUACUGAAGGAACUGGACAUUGAAUUCUCUGAACAUUUAUUUUUUGUGUGGAGGCAAGAGGAUCUGCUGUCAGAAAGAAUUUGUGUUCUUCCCAAAAAGACAUUUCAUUCGAUUUCGCAUCUGAGUGUUCUUAGCCUCAAGGGUUGCAGAGUCAAAAGUUGUCCACAUGUCAACUUGCCUUCUCUAAAGACCCUUUUGAUGGAAAACGUUAUACUGGCUGAAGAGUUCUUAGAGGCAUUGGUAAAUGGAUGCCCGGUUCUUGAUACGAUGUCGGUAAAAUAUUGUUUCGGGAUUAAGAAAAUCCAGAUUUGUCACCCCACACUCAAAAAUCUCGUAAUAGGUCUUCGGAUCAGUCUGGAAUCUCUCGAGCUAAACGUGCCAUGUCUAAAGUCAAUUAAGUUAUUUGCACUCGUGGACUCAGAAAUUGAUGGUCUCGAAGAAAUUUUGGGACCCAAUAACUCUAAGAAAAUCAUAGCCAGAAAUCUUGAGGCAUUGUGUUUCAAACAUUUGACCAUCGAGCCCAAGGUGCUGCACAAUGUCAUUCUCAUCUUCCCAAACCUGGGCAAGCUGGCUGUAAAGUUUUGCGAAGUUUUGGAUAGUGCCCGGUUACAUUCGCAAAACCUAACAAUUUUGAAGAUAACUGAUUGUGUGUUGUCGGAUGAGGUCGACAUCAGGGUACCUAAUCUUCAAAACAUUGACUAUCUACAAAAUCCAAAAGGAGCGCAAUUGGACUAUAUGGCUUUCAUGCAUCUGAGAAGUAUCUCUCUCGACGGCAUAUAUGUCAACUUUAGGGUUAUAUAUAUCAGCAAUUCAAUCUGCCCUAAUCUCGUCUACCUGAGGCUUGCUUUCUGCAUGAACAUGACGCAACUGAGGGUUUCUAACGAUAAAUUGGAGUCCCUGGAGGUGUACGAAUGUGGGGACUUGGAAUGCUGCUUAAUAGUGGCCCCCCAGCUGUUGGCUUUCUCAUACACGGGGCACUUGGUGCGCGUGGCCCGCUUUCGUGCCUCAUGCAACCUGAAUGUUAUGCUGCAUCUGAAUGAGUCAGAAGGUGAUGACGAGCUUGUUGAGGCACAGUUCAUUAAAGUGUUAAAGGAAUCCUUGCACAAUGUGAGCAUGGCUGCUGCACGGACUGAUAUUAAGCUGAGUUAUAGGUGUGCCAAGAGUUUGACGAUGAUCAAGGAUGUACCGAUUCCUCCAAUGAGCCUUAUUCAGAGUCUGAAGGUUGUGACGCAUACUGGUGUAAUGGGUCUUCAAGAUCUUUUAUCUUGUUCACUCGGCAUCUCCAUCUACUGCAAUACUAUAUCAAUCAAUGUGUCUCGGUUCAUGUGUACCUUGGAGUUUCAGGAAAUAAAAAAGAGCUCAUUAGUUCACAAGAGUAAUCUCACUCGUGUGGAGGAUCACUUGGUACGAGUCGAGAUGAAAGGCUUCACCGGUGAUGACGAGCAAGUGGAUUUAGUAAAAUAUUUUGUGGUAAAUGCUCCCCACAUGCGGCACUUGGUGAUAUGGAUGAAAAGGCAAGAGACGAGAGAAUUGUGCAACGAAUUGUGCCGCCAGCUGCUUCACAUCUCCGGGAGUUGUGACAUCGCUACGCAUGGAAAUUACGUUGUGUUCUCGAGGAAUGAAAUUUAA